AUUUGCUCCGGCUGUAGUUCGGCAAUUGUAUUAUCAGAUUUGCCGUUGAAAUGUGUGGGCUUUAACUGUGCACGUUUGUUUCACUACAAGUGCACCGGGCUCACCAAGGCGACGGCAAAGAUGAUUACAGACAACGAUAAUCUUUGCUUCAAGUGUGAUGAGUGUUUAUCAAACCAGUGUUGUGGUGGGCAACAUUUGACUCCGGACAUGAAGCGUAUCGAAGAAGAGAUGCAGAAAUUAACCUCUCUCUCUGACUCGGUCAUUCAAAUGCGGGAUCAAAUUGCGACCCAGAUAAACAGCGCGAUAAAUAUCAGUAUGGAACAGUUGAGAUCAAAUGUAAAGGAAUCUCUUGAAAAAUUAUUAUGUGAGAAAUUUGAAAAAUUGAAUCAUUCGGUUUUGCAAUUGAAUACAAAUCAGAAUAUAGCUGCUAUUAAUAAUGCUCGCGCGCGGAUUGGGAGGAUUCCUUCUGAAUCGGACCAAAUCGGCAAAAAGCGUAGAAUCGAAUACGAAAAUAAUGACGAUGUUUUUGACGACGGUGCAACUUUUGCGCAAGUUGUUAAAAGUCGCGGUAAAAACAAUAAAUCUAACUCAAGUAACAAAAGUAAUACUAAUAUCGGAUUUAAACCGGUUAAACCUAAGACUCGUCCGGUUAUUGUGAUUAAACCGAAAGAGUCCAAACAACCUUGCGAGGAAACUCGGAAGUUUUUGAAAACUAACUUAGAUCCUAAAACACACAAAGUUAGUAAUUUCAGGAACGGUAAAGAUGGUUCCAUUAUUGUCGAAUGCGCCGUUGGCGAAAAUAUUGAUUUAGUGAAAAAUGGCAUUCAAAGCAAUCUGGGUGAAAAAUACAGUGCUGUUGUUCCCACGUCGGUGCCUAGAUUGAAAGUAGUGGGCAUGAGUGAGAAUCUUUCUCCUGAUGUUUUCAUUGACUAUUUAAAGAGUCAAAAUGAUUGCAUCACAAUCAAUGAGUUACGAAUUCUGAUAUGAAAAUAACCGAUCAUGAGACAUUAGUAAUUAAUGUUCUAGAAAACUUGAAUAAUAAUAAUGAUUCAAUAAAAUUGAAAUGCUGGAGAAAAUAUUCGAAACAGGCUGUUUCGAACCUUGUUGAGAGAAGCUUGGGUUUUCCAAUCGCGACCGGUAGUUUAGAUGAAUCUGCAGCUGUUCUUACUAACAUUUUGAAGACGUGUACGAAUCAAUUAGUUGAACAUAAAUUUGUUUCGCUGAAAAACUCGAACAGCUGGUAUAGUUUGGAUCUUUUGCGCCUAAAGCGCAAGAGAGAUAAACUGUACAAAAAGUUUUGUAGAUUAAACAAUCAGAAUCAUUGGAUUGAGUACACGUUCGCGCGUAAUAAAUAUUCACAAGCGAUUAAAAAGAAGCGUUGUGAAUAUAUCCAGAGAAAGAUUGUUCAACAUCAAAAUAACAGCAAAGAGUUAUGGAAAAUUUUGAAAUCUUUGUUGAAACCUAGUAAUUGUAAACCGCGGUCCAUAACUUUUGAAGGCACAUUAGAACAUUCAGAACAAAUUAUUGCAUCUAGAUUUAAUGAUUAUUUUGUCAAUAGUGUUUCAUUGAUCAAUCAAUCCAUUGAAUUGGUCGAGGAACCCGACGAAAUAAAACAGCCGAUUAACAGUAGUUGUACAUUUGAUGGUUUUCACCCAAUCACGUUAGAAGAACUGAGAAAAAUUUGUUUUUCAUUAGGUAAAACGGCUGGAGUAGAUAAUGUAAAUGCUAGAGUUAUUCAAGAUUGCUUCAAUGUCAUUGGUCACACUUUGCUGGACCUCAUUAAUGAAUCGUUGCAAACAGGGCACGUGCCUUUGGUGUGGAAAGAAUCGUUGGUUGUUCCGAUUCAAAAGGUUGCUGGAACGAUUAAAGCCGAAGAGUUUCGUCCCAUCAACAUGUUACACACAUUAGAAAAGAUAUUAGAACUAGUUGUUAAAGGCCAGCUUCUAGAAUAUUUAAAUAGUAACUCGUUGCUAAUUCCGGAACAAUCAGGCUACCGGGAAGGCCACUCAUGUGAAACCGCGUUAAACUUAGUACUAGCAAAAUGGAAAGAUAACUUAGAAAAUAGAGACACAAUAUUUGCUGUUUUUUUGGAUCUAAAACGCGCUUUUGAGACAAUUUCUAGGCCCUUAUUGUUGAACACAAUCAAGCGCUUUGGAAUUUCGAGUACUGCAUUCAGAUGGUUUGAAAGCUAUUUGUCUGACAGAACUCA